AUGGGCCUCACUAUUCCCUCAUCGCUUCGCGGCGCCACAGCCGUGCUCCUAGCACUGGCCGUUGCAGGGGUCUCUGGCGACUGCAGCCCCAGUGCAUCGUCUUUUGACUUCAUCAUCGUUGGUGGUGGCACUGCUGGCCUGGCAUUGGCCACGAGACUAAGUCAAGGACUGCCAGAUGAUUGUAUCCUCGUGGUCGAAGCUGGUUCGCCCGCUCCGAAUGAGCUUGGCAUUAAUGUGCCAGGAAAGAAGGGGAGCACUCUUGGAUCGAGAUACGACUGGAACUUCACAACCACGCCUCAGCCGGGCUUGAACAGUCGGCGCAUCUCUGCGAACCGGGGCAAGGUGCUGGGUGGAACCUCCGCGCUGAACCUCAUGACAUGGGACCGAGGCAGCGUGCCCGACUACGAUGCAUGGGAAGCCCUGGGAAACCCAGGUUGGAACUGGGAGAACUUCAUAUCCGCAAUGCUGAAAGUCGAAACCUUUGACCGCACAAACAACAAGUACGGAGAGGAAGGCGUGGGCACUGAUGGGCCUAUCCAAACCCUCAUCAACCGCUUCGUGCCUCCUCAGCAACAAGGUUUCAUUCCAGCCCUGGAGAGUCUGGGUGUGCAGAACAACCUCAACUCACUUGGCGGCGAUCCCCUUGGUGUCAUGCUCCAGCCCGGUAACAUCCGGGAGUCAAACUACACGAGGUCCUAUGCUGUCGACUACCUUUCUCUCGCGGGCCCGAACCUGGUUGUUUGGAAUGAUACGACAGUAUCUAAUAUUGUGCUGAGCAAGAGCAAUCAGUCUGAGUCACUGGUCGCCACCGGCAUCAACAUUGGCGGCAACGUUGUGGAAGCUGUGAAAGAGGUAAUCUUGUCGACCGGUGCUUUCCAGACGCCAACCUUGUUGGAGUUGUCCGGCAUCGGUGACUCCUCAGUGCUCGCGGCAGCUGGCAUCGAUACCCUGCUUGAGCUCCCCGGAGUAGGAUCGAACCUGCAAGACCAUGUUCGCAUCCAGAACUCAUACCGAUUGAAGCCAAACUACACGAUCUCGUUUGAUGAGCUUCGGACCAAUGCGACGUACGCUGCACAGCAACUGGCUUUGUGGGAAGAGAACCAGUAUUCGGCGUACGACUACACUGGGAGCGGCUACGCCUACCUGACCUGGGCGCAAGCACUCGGAAAUGCUUCCUCAGAGCUUGUCAAUCUUGCCAGACAAGUGGCAGACCCAACCAGCAAGAUCGACCAACACAAGCUGGCAUACCUCACAACCGAUUUAAGCGCGCAGGCCCCUGAGGUCGAGUUUAUCUUCUCGGAUGGGUACACAGGAGUGAAGGGCGCACCACCAGCCGGCUCCGUCGACUUUGAUUCGCACUUCUUUACGCUCAUAGCUGUCAUACAGCAUCCCUUCUCAAAGGGCAGCGUACACAUCAACGCCUCCGACCCAACUGGCAAGCCUAUAAUUAAUCCCAACUACGUGUCUAACCCAUACGAUCUCCAGGCCAUCGUGGAAGCCACCAAAUUUAGCCGCAGAAUCGCUCAGAGCGCUGGGUUGAGCGAGGCCUGGUCGGAUGAAUACGAGCCCGGGUUUGACGUGACGACGAGUGAGACUGCAUGGGAGCAGUUCGCGAGGAACACAACGCUGAGCAUUUAUCACCCUCUCGGCACAUGUGCCAUGCUGCCAAGGGGUGACGGCGGUGUGGUCUCGCCAGAUCUGGUGGUCUAUGGCACUUCAAACCUGCGCGUCGUGGACGCCUCGGUUAUUCCUAUCCAGCCGUCAGGUCACAUCCAGACCAUGGUCUACGGUGUGGCAGAGCUGGCUGCAGCUAGGAUUGUUGACCAGCACUCCGAAAGCCGAGCAGGCUCUUGA